AUGGCAAAACCUGUGAAAUCGGCAGUGGCCCGUGUUGCUGCAGGCUUGCCUCCCAUAAUCCUGAGCUCAGUAACAGAGUCUUGUUGGCAAGUGAUGAGCACAAAUCGGCGGCCGUGCUGUUUUCCCAGAGGUCGAGGGCCAAUGGGUACUCUAAAUGCUUCCUCAGCUGAAGGAGGAGCUGCAUCUCGUAGCUUUUCAACUCAUGGGUUGUCCAAGCAAACAACAGGAGCCAUGACGCAAACACCAAAACCACACUAUUGCAACUCCUCAUUUUUACCAAUCAACACUAAUCCUGCCAUGAGGAAGUUUUAUCUUGUUCGUUAA